CAGUGAGUGAAGACAUUCACGAAAUGUGCUGCUCAUAGUAACUAUCACCAUCUGUCCGCACAGACACCGUCAAAUAACCCGCAUCCCUCAACCCCCCCAACAGACCAUCCAUAUAGACCCACCCGCACCUCACAAACACGGCUGGCUGCCCUAUUGGCGCAGGAAUGUCUGCCUGCCACCCACCGGCACUGUACACCCGUCCGCUCCACAGAUGCACCCAUCCGUCGGGCUGACUCUUGCAGCCCCGUGUGUCUGGGUGGAAUGAGGACGCUUCUUCUUGUCGACGUCGCAGGGAUGGGGUGGAGGUUGGCUGACCGGUGGCGGGUUGUUGCAGGGGGAUGGGCGAAGGCCAUGGAGGGGGAAAAUACGCCUGAACAUGAACCCAGAUGGACAGAACCUCUGUGUGUGUGGGGGGGCUCACCGUGACGGUCUUGGCUCCCUGCGUCAGCACAGGCACCACGAGCAGGUCCUCGCCGACCAGGCAUUGACCCAGCAGCUCACUCCACCCGGGCAAUGACAAGGUCUCCUCAUUCAGCGGCAUAUGGAACAGUGUGUGUCGGACGAGGGGCAGGCCAUAUGCGUGUGCCUGCCGCAUGAGGGCCUGCUUGUACGGCGCCAGCAGGCGGUGUACGGUGGCGAACUUCUUGAGGUGCUCCAACGACUCGCCGUCGGUCCACACCUGCCAGGCGUCCUCGGGACGAUUCCCCUGUCCUCCACCCAUCCAUCCAUUCGCACCGACCGCACAGACAGAGAGAGAGAGAGGUGCCGCUGCGCUGACCGACCUGUGUGUCUGCUCUGCGUGUGUCCCUCCACCCACCCCACCUGAUGUGUACGCAGUACGGCGUCGGUGAAGGCGUUCAUCUCCAUCCAGCGCAGCAGCAGCUCCUUGGACCGCACAUACACAUCCCCGCCACCGCCACCAUUGGGACUGGGUGCGUCGAGCAUGGUGUAGCCGCCCACAUCGCUGUGCGUGAGGCUCCACCCACUCAGCCCCGCCGUCAGAUGGCCGAUCAGCGCGCUCCGAAUGCCGUCGUGCUCAUCCCAGCUCGUCAGCUGGUCGCCCAGCCAAAACAGAGGCGUGUACCUCGGCCCCUGCACGCCCCCCGCCCGCAUGAAGAAUAUCACCUCCUCCCCGGUCUCUCUCCCAUCAUCCGACAAAGCAUAAGGCGUCUCCUGCAGAGCCUCGUGGUUGACGGACGCCCAUAGCUGCGGGAAGGCGUUGUGGAUGUCUCUGCCUCUGCCGCUUGCGAGGGCAGCGUCGAAGGGCAGGUACUCCGAGAAGUCGGCCAUCCAUCCCGCAACGGGGACGGGCCGGCCGGUCUCGGAGCGGCAUGUGCUGUUGACUGUGUCAUCGGAGGGGCAGAACUCGGGCAGAUGCAGCAUGUGGCAGCGGAUCAGCUGCAUUGCAGGACAUCCAUCGCGACAUACGCAUACCAUAGCGAUCGGCACACAUGAUUGAGUUUAUUGAGGCAGACAGACAUGUUUCGCUGGCUUUGCUUGCUUACAUCAACGAAGAAGUGCCGUCCUGUCUGGUUGGUCAGAUCGACAGUCCCAAAUCUGAAGGCAGGGUCCACCGAGUACUGCACAUACGGCAGCCCCGACUCGUUCAUCACCAGCACACCCGCACCAGCCGCCUCGGCAAACAGGUCCCGCCGGCCCUUCAUUCUCGGAUCGUCCCCCACCCCUGUCGACAGAUAGGGGUUGCUGUAGGUCCACACCCGCACCUUCUUGUCCAUGAGGCGCUUCAGCAUGCACUCCCAACCGGGGUAGUGGUGCCGGUCGACGUCCCACGACCACCACAGUCGGAUGCCGAAGUCAGUCUCGCGGACGCCCGUCCAGUCCUGCAGCCACAGGCCGACAAGCGGCACGCCCCGCUCCAGCAGGAAGUCGGCCAUCUCCUCUGCUCGUUGGGUGCCGCCCCAGUAGCCCACGAUCACGCCGGCAGAGAUCCAGGAGGGCAAUACCCGCUGGCGGCCUGUGAAGUGCGUGGCCGUGUGCACCAGAGAGGCCAGAGUGGCCGUAUGCGAAUCGCCAUCGUCGCGGAGGGGCGUGUGGGUGAAUGUGAAGAGCUCCAGCGACAGGAGCGUGCACGGACCCCCGUCUGCCGCCGUACACUCGAAAGUCUCCUCAAGAGUCUCCGAUACCUCUAUUGUCGUCUCAUUCGGCUCGGUGAAGUCCAGCACACAAUAAGCAGAAGAGUUGAGAAAGAGUCCAUUGGCCGCCGAGGUGAGGAAAAGGGGCGUGGCCGUGUAGGUGGUGAAUGACGUGCCGGCGGCAUGAGGGCUGGUGCGUUCCAGCAGCGUCGUCAGCGGCUGCAUCCCACGACCCACCCCCUGCUCCGACGAGAGAAUGGGCACCCGAUGGCCCUUGAGGUCGAAAUGGGUGAACUGUGUCCCGGCGCCGAAGACGUGCUCGUCUGCGUCACUCGCCAAGUUGAGGGUCAGCUUGGCUGCCGUCGGUUUACCUCGUAUCGCUAUCCACGAAAGACCGCUUUGGUUCCACCGCAGAUGGUCGCUGGCGUUUGUCGGAGAGAGCUGAAUCUGCCACCGCACGAUGGGCCACUUGUUGUGGUCCUUCUCGCUGCUGCCUCUCACUGCCGCAUCAGAUAUGGACGAUAACACCACCCGGAAGCUGACGCACUCCCAGCCACGGAGCCGCUGACAUGAUGACGACCUCUCCUCGCUAACACACAGAUCACCCGCGAGAACAGCCGAAUCAUCCCGACCUCCUCGGUCCAAAGUGACGUUGCGCGGGAUCUCAAAGGGGCAGAACGGGUCGGCAUGGCCCUCAUCGAAGCGCUCGUAGAAGUUGCCAGAUGACUCCUCCAUCACAGACGGAUCUGCUGACACGUCAAACAGGAACCGAUCUGGCGGCGUCCUGACCACCACGUGAGGCGCCGCAUCUUCUGUGGCGGUGGCAGUGGUGAUGUUGAAGCCGCCUGUGGGCGUCCACUGCACGUCGAAGCCGAGGAUAGAGACGGAGAGGGCUGAAGUGGCGGUAGCAACCAGGACAAAGAAGAUCUUACCCAUGAGAGAGAUUCUCGUCUUCUUGUGGCGAUGUUGCUCUUGUUCUUUCCGGUCCUUUGCUGGG